CCAGCUUCCCUCCUCUGUUUCUCCGCUUGUCCCUCGCUCUCCCCUCCCCCGCUCGCCACUGCCUUGUGACACGCACAUUGUGGGAGUGUGUGUGUGUGUAGGGGGCUCUUCGCUUGCCAGCUUCUGCCUGCGCCCUGCUGCAGUAGUCAUGGCUGCGGAUGGGGUAGAUGAACGCUCCCCUCUGCUGUCAGCCCCCGGCUCGGGCAAUGUCACGCCUACAGCACCGCCGUAUUUUCCAGAAAGCAGCCCUAGAGCCGAACUCCCACCUCCAUAUACCGCCAUUGCCAGUCCGGAUGCCAGUGGUGUUCCUGCAAUCAGUUGCCGUGUGUGCCAGUCGCUAAUCAAUUUGGAUGGGAAGCUUCACCAGCAUGUUGUCAAAUGCACAGAUUGCAAUGAAGCUACGCCAAUCAAAAACCCUCCUUCAGGGAAAAAGUAUGUUAGAUGUCCGUGUAAUUGUCUUCUUAUCUGUAAGGAUACAUCACGGAGAAUAGGAUGUCCAAGACCCAAUUGUAGACGCAUCAUUAAUCUUGGUCCAGUUAUGCUGAUUCCAGAGGAGCAACCAGCACAGCCAGCAAUACCUGUUCAGCCAGAAGGCACUAGAGUGGUGUGUGGGCAUUGUGGAAAUACAUUCUUGUGGAUGGAACUAAGGUUUAACACUUUGGCAAAGUGUCCACAUUGCAAAAAAAUCUCUUCUGUUGGAUGUGCACUCCCACGAAGACGCUGCUGUGCAUAUAUUACCAUUGGAAUGAUAUUUAUCUUCAUUGGAGUUGGAUUAACUGUCGGUACACAAGAUUUUGCCAGAAAUUUUCAUGCCACAUAUGUUUCUUGGGCUAUUGCUUAUCUCUUAGGCUUGGUCUGCCUAAUUCGAGCUUGUUAUUGGGGAGCCAUAAAAGUCAGUUAUCCAGAACACAGUUUUGCAUAGUCUUCUUAAUGGUAGCUUAUAGAAAGCGGGAAUCUCUAGAAUUCUGAUAAUAUGAGCAAAAUAAUUUAAACUUUUUCCUUUAACAUUUCCAUUCUGUUACAAGUAGUUUAAAGA